UUUUCUUUUUUUGUUAUGACAUUUUGGUCCAAACACGUGAAUUUGUUAUGCCCCGAAAAAAUUAACUUAUUAAAAUAUAAUACGAACUAAUUUAAACAAUUUAUUUAUUGAUAAAGUAAGUAAAAACUCCAUAAUGACCGAUAUUAACAUUGACACCGAUAAUUUUGAACCGAAAUCGUCCCAAAAACGACGAAAUAUCUCGACUGGAGAUUCAAUGGAAGUCGAUACCCACAAUGGUAUCGAAGGCAGAAGUAAAAAUAGACCAGCGAAAUCCAAAAGGCCUAAAACGCAAUCUUUUUCGGAGACCAAAGACGAUAUGCGUAAAAUACCAGUUCCGUCGCACAGGUAUACUCCUCUAAAAGAAAAUUGGUUGAAGAUUUUUACGCCUAUUGUUGAACAUCUACAAUUGCAAAUAAGGUUUAAUUUGAAGAGUAGGAAUGUGGAAAUAAAGGCUUGUGAAGAGACCAAAGAUAUUGCCAAUUUACAAAAGGCUGCUGAUUUUGUUAAGGCUUUUAUCUAUGGAUUUGAAGUAGAAGACGCCCUAGCCCUACUCCGACUAGACGACCUUUUUGUUGAAACCUUCCAAAUUAAAGAUGUGAAAACAUUGAAAGGCGAUCACGAGUCUAGAGCGAUAGGCCGCCUAGCUGGUAAAGGAGGCAGAACAAAAUUCACUAUAGAAAACGUCACCAAAACUAGAAUAGUAUUAGCGGAUAGUAAAAUACAUAUUCUAGGAAGUUUCCAGAACAUACAACUGGCUAGGAGGGCUAUUUGUAAUCUAAUUUUGGGAUCGCCACCAUCGAAAGUUUAUGGACAGUUGAGAAGUGUCGCCUCAAGAGUCUCAGAGAGGAUGUGAUAGUUUGAAAAGAACAAAAUAUCCCUGUUCAAUUUUUAAAUAAUAUAAAAAUACAAAGUUUUGUUGAAAUAUAGGAUCCUGUGGUGAAAGAAAUUUGUUUCUGUAUUGAGUGUUAAAAU